AUGACCGAAGAUGGGCUACGUAGAGGAUUUAUACCAGGUUUCCUACCACUGGCUGAUAAUGAAAUGGAAGAUGUCCGUCAAUUAGAUCAUGAGAUUUCCAGACUUGAAGGAGUCCUCCACUUGAAAAAGAUGAUAACAGAAGCUGGAGGAAAAAUAUUUUCUACCAAUGGGAAAAAAGCCAAUUUCGAAACUACACUGAACAUAUGCAAAGAGGCUGGCGGGUCUAUUGCCACCCCAAGGAGCCUGGCUGAGAAUGAUGCCAUUCUGUACUUUGUGAAAAGUUUUAAUACCUACGCCUACCUGGGGAUAAAGGAAUCUCUAAUUCCAAGUACAUUCCAGUUCCUGGAUGGUACAAAGCUGAACUAUACUAACUGGUAUUUAAAUGAACCUUCUGGCAAAGGGGAAGAAGAAUGUGUGGAGAUGUACACUGAUGGCACUUGGAAUGACAAGAAGUGCAACUAUAAUCGUCUUAUUGUUUGUCAGUUUUAG